ACCAUCUGAAAAUCCCCACUUUCUCCAUUAAUUCCUCUAUUAUCAACAAAAUCGCAUAGAAAAUGUCACUGUCCCUGCAAUUUUCGCUCUCAUCUUCAGUCGAUAGGGCGGCUCUUCAGCGUGCCUCCUUCCAAUCGACGACGUCUCGUCGGAGACACCAACGCGUCUCUCUCCAUUCCAAGACCAGAUCCCUCACUAUCACCCGAAAUUUCACGAGAAACCGAUUCCUUACCGUCAAGGCUAUUGAAAAAAGCAAAGAAGGCACCGAAACGGAGACGGCAGAGGAACAGGAACCGGUAGCGGCGGAUGGUGUAAGCGAUUCGAAGGUCGAGUUGAGUGAGUUGGGGGCGGAGAUAAAGAAGGCGUUGCAGGAAAGGAAGGAGGAGGCGGAAGGGAACAUUUUGAGCGGAGUGGCGGAGGAGAUAAGGGAGAUCGAGUGGCCGGUAUUUGGUAAGGUUCUGGGAACCACCGGCGUCGUGCUCGGUGUUAUUGCUGGAUCGAGUGUCGUUUUGCUUACUGUCAAUGCCGUUUUGGCCGAGCUCUCUGAUCGGGUUUUCUCUGGCAUAGGUAUUGAAGAUUUCUUUAGUUGAGCUGCUGAUGACCAAUGGGAAACUGGCACCUUGCUAUCCAAAAUAUCAUAGGCUGGACCUUAAUUUUGCAGUUUGCCUAAUUUCUCCGAAAAUGUUUGGUUACACAACAUUAUUAAGAAAAUGUUUGGUUACAUAGCUCUUUUGAAGGCAUAUUUAUAUUUUGUUGCAUUGAAUUUGAUUUGUUCAAAAUUAACAUGUAAACAAAUA